AUGUCCGGCGAGCAAAUGACCAUCCGGAGAGAGUCUGGGAUGAAGGAGUGGUUGCCAUUUCAAGCUAUAGAAACUCCAUACUUUGAGCUCGUUACGGCAUAUGAGCUGUUGAGCAUGACAGCAUAUUUCGGGUGUGUUACCCUCAUGAACAUAACUUUUCUGGCGCUUAUAAUCUACACAACAGCUCAAUUCGCUGUUCUAGCCAAUGCCUUACAGCAGGCUGCGACGAACGUUUCGAAAAUGCUAAAUAACCACGUAAACUACAGCUUAUCAUCCACAACAGUUGAUGCCAGUGGCUCUAAUACUGAACUUUCUGAGGGGAAACAGGAUUUUCGUCCUGAAAACAGAACUGCAACAAAUUACGACUCUGAAGACACUGACUCCUCUCACAGUCCUAGGACUCAACUGAUAAGAUGUGCCAGUCGAUCAACAUUUUUUGCCGACAGUGUGAAGAGAAGCUCGGGAAAGGUCGGGUUUCAUGAAGAGAUGCAAAAGUACUUGAGCCAAUGUGUCAAGCAUCAUCAGAUUCUUCUGGAUUACUCCAAGCUGCUGGACAGAAGUGUGAGUCCCGUAAUGUUCAUGCAGAUGCUAUGCACUGCCGUUCUUCUGGCCUUCAUCGGCGUGCUGCUGUCUACUGCCACGGACAGUGCCCGGUACAUCAGAGCCGUCUCCUUCCUUGGCUAUGUAUUAAUGGAGUUUGGAAUGAUCUGUUGGAUUGCCACUGAGCUUCAAGUACAGGUAACGAGUGUGCCUAAUCCU